UCGGCGGAGUAGGCGGGACCUCCGGUUCCUCUUUUUCUCCCCAACUUCCGGAGGGGUGAGGAAAAUAGUUCCCGAAUUGAGUUCUUGGAGGAAGCCGUCCUCUGCAACUACUCUGGAGAUGUCCACCCUGGCGGCCGCCAGCUGUGACUCCGACUCUUCCGGAAAGGUCGAGGAGAAGAAGCCGCUGAAACCGUGCUGCGCAUGCCCGGAGACCAAGAAAGCCCGGGAUGCUUGCAUCAUUGAGAAAGGAGAAGAACACUGUGGACAUCUAAUUGAAGCUCACAAGGAGUGUAUGAGAGCCCUGGGAUUCAAAAUAUGAAUGAAAGAAGAAAUAAGUUGAUGGAUGGUUGUCUAUCGUUGGAAGAAUAGUUCCUAAGGAAUGAAUAUAAGAUUAAAUUAUUUGGGGGCUUUGAAGAAUAAAAUUCUAUAUCUGUGAAUAUUUAUAAUUUCUUUAAAAAAUAAAAUCUAUAUAUGCA